AUGGCAAUACAGCAUAAGAAAGGCGGAGGCCAUCGAGGCAGAGGAUCUAAAACUGGCCGGAGUAGGGGGCGCAAGUUUGAGACCUCCCGGCUCAAAGAUGUCCGUGAAGAUGAGUCUUCUGGAGGGGAAGAAGAUGUAGAUGGCCAGCCGACCGAAGACAUGAACGAUAGCGAAGGGACUGAUGUGUCCUCCGAGAGUGGCCUGGAUGAACCGCCGAAGGAGAACUCGUAUAGCACUCUGUUGAAACUGCUGAAUACCGAUGCCAAAUCAAAUGAGCCGGCGCGAAAGAAACGAAAGAUAAAGGCCAAUGAACCAGAUGCAAACCCGGUGGAGGUGUCGAUACCGACGGCAGAUGAUACUGAACAAAUGGAUGAAGUUGCUGACACGGAGGCAUCAGCAUCAGAGGACGAAAAUAUGGACGAUGAAGACAUACCUGAUGAAGAUUAUGCUGAAGAUAUUGGUACAGAUGGCAGAAACGACAUGUUUGAGCUGCACUUCGGCAACCCUGAUGAAACGGAGCUAUCUCAUAAGAUCCAAGCAUGCUCAAAAGCAUGGAAAUCUACAAAAGCAGACCUUAUUGAUGGGCUGUAUUCUGUGGUGUCUAUGCCGGAUGCCGGAGGAAUUUCAAGUGCCAGUCUGCCUACGACACCCUCUCCCGCCGACCUUAAGCUCAAACAAAAACUAGCAAGGAAUGCUGUAUCAUUUGAUCGUCUUAAUAGCUGCUUGACCCCUUACAUAUUUGGAUACCAUGACACCCUCUUUUGCUCUCGAACAACUCAAAACUCAGCCAAACUACGGGAUCUAUACUGUUUGCAUGCUUUGAACCAUGUUUUGAAAACAAGGGACCGUGUGAUUAAGAAUAGUGCUAUCUUGUCAAGGGAGAAUAACGGUGAUGUUGAGCUCAGAGAUCAAGGCUUCACACGCCCCAAGGUUCUGAUAAUACUUCCAACUCGACAGGCAUGCGUUCGAGUUAUCAAUUCAUUCACCAAGAUUUAUCCCAUGGAACAACAAGAGAACAAGAAAAGGUUCAUGGACAGUUUUUCUGCUGCCGAUAGUGACGAAUGGGCCCACAAACCAGACGACUUCAAGGAGCUGUUUGGAGGUAAUGACGAUGACAUGUUCCGGCUGGGCUUCAAAUUCACGCGGAAAUCGCUUAAGUUCUUUUCGAAGUUUUAUAGCUCUGAUAUCAUUCUCGCGAGUCCUCUUGGCUUGCGAACGGCCAUAGAAAAGGAAGGAGGGAAGAAAAACGAGAAUGACUUUUUGUCUUCUAUUGAGAUGGUGAUUGUCGAUCAUGCAGAUGCGCUCAUGAUGCAAAACUGGGACCACGUCGAGUACAUAUUCUCCAAUCUCAAUCUUCAGCCAAAAGAAGCACAUGGCUGUGACUUUAGCAGAGUGAGGCAAUGGUACCUGGAUGGGCAUGGCAAGUUCCUCCGCCAGACGCUGGUAUUCUCAGCUUUUAAUACCCCUGAGCUGAACGCACUCUACAAUACACAAAUGCAAAAUGUUUUUGGAAAAGCCAAAAUUAUGUCCAAGUACGAGGGUGCCAUGUUGAAUCUUCGGCUCCCAAUAUCCGUCAAGCAGACCUUUUCCCGCUUUGAUUCUGCUUCACCGCUUAAGGACCCCGAAGCUCGGUUCCAGUACUUCACUCGAACUGUUCUUGCUAGCCUUGCUCGAGGCUGGACAGAAUCAAGUCCCCGAAAGAAGUCAGGGGGAACACUGAUAUUCAUUCCGUCCUAUCUUGAUUUUGUCCGUGUUCGGAACCAUUUUGCCAAUUCCUCGCAGACGGAGAAUAUAUCCUUUGGAUUGAUAUCGGAGUAUACAUCUGUACGUGACUCUUCAAGGGCCAGAAGUCACUUUAUGAAUGGUCGACAUUCGGUGCUCCUAUAUACGGAGCGAGCACAUCAUUUCCGCCGGUAUAAUAUCCGAGGCGUCACAAACAUUGUGAUGUAUGGGCUACCUGAUAACCCGAUAUUCUGGGGAGAUCUGAUUGAGUAUUUGGGAUCUGCCGCCGGCGGUACAAGUACUCCAACAGUCAGGGUGCUUUUCUCCAAGUGGGAUGCUCUGAAGCUAGAGAGGAUAGUUGGAACUGCUAGGGUUCGAAGUAUGUUGUUGGAAAAAGGGGGAGAUACCUUUACCUUUGUAUAA